CUUGAAUUGACACGUUUGAAUGACGAGAACGAAGUGCAGUCUCUGCCAGAACCCGAUGCCGAUCACCAGAGCCUCAUCGCACUUUAUCAAGAAGCCCAAUCUAACGAGAUUGCAGCCAAGGCUGUCAACAGAACCUAUCAAAGCAUGCUAAGGAUUCUGGAAAAAGAGAGAAUCUGCUUUGACUCAGUAUUGAAAGCCUUGAAAGGAGAUAGAGUAGAACAAUGCACGGUUUUAUUACGCACGAUGACCCUAGGUCAAUUGGCUGCUGAGGAUCUUGAUGACACGCGUCAGCGAUACAAGAGAAUGGCCAAUGAUGUUUGGAAGAACAUGAAAGAACGUGAGAAGAAUCUCAAAAGAGCUCGAACAAAAGUCGAAAACCUGUGGCAACACGCGCAGUCUCUUGUCAGAGUCGAGAGUGACAUGGACUAUGCGGGGAAAAUGAAAGGUGGAAAACAGCCGGUGGCUGAUGAGCAGCUCAGGAGACAAAUAGAUGAGCUCGAGACAACAUUCGAAAGGGUCAAAGACGCGCUUAUGAUACGAUCUUCCGAUGAAAUACUUGCGAGGUAA